AUCAUAACGGAAAAGAAUUAGAGAGAAAAAGAAAAAAGAAAUCAUUAUCAUCAUCUUCGGCUUGUUGGACGAAGAAAUGAGAGGAGCUGUACUAUUGUGCUACGCGUGCUCACUGCUGAUCAGCGUCCAGGCCUUCGGCAAGUACCGAGGUCUCGAAUUUUUGGAAACAUGUUCCAGACAUGAUCCAAAACUGGAGGCCUGUCUGGCGAAGACGGCCAACAUAUUAGUCGAACACUUCAGACAAGGUCUACCGCAAUUGGGUUAUCCAGAAGUGGAACCAAUUAUUCUGGAUGAAUUGCAUAUUGCGCUCGGCGGCGGCCCGGAUGGUUAUAGAGCGCAAUUCAAAAAUAUUUCCGCGAGAGGAGUUUCUACCCUGAGAAUAAAUGCUCUCAGAACAAGACUGAGCGACGACGAGGUGCAGUUGCAACUGGCUUUAAGCAUACCAAAAAUAAGAGCUGCCGCCAGAUAUCGGUCCAGCGGAACUUUAAUCUUGGUGCAAGCCUCUGGUGCAGGCGAUUACUGGGGCGAGUAUGAGGGUGUUAAGGCCAAGGUUUUCAUCAGGGCAAAGCCAUUUUUAGUUGAGGGUCGUCGUUAUCUUAGGUUGCAGCAACUGAAAAUGGACUUUAGCGUGCAAAAUAUCAAGAUGGGAGUCGAAAACGUGCGCGAUACCAAUAGCAUAUUGCUGGCGGCGUUGAAUCUCUUCAUCAAUACCAACAGCCAGGAACUCCUGAAAGAAAUGAAGCCGGAUCUAAGGAGGAAGCUGGUGCAAGUGAUGUCGACUUUUGUGGAGAAACUUUUCGCUCAAGUGCCGUAUGACGCCUGGAUCGCGGAUUAAACCAUCGGCGGAUAAUUGCUGAAAGCAAAAAUCGUCACCGCG